UUGACUUCAGCUGAAGCCUUGCAACAUUUUGAUGAGUUGUUGCUUGGAGCCUUGAAUGAUUUGACAGAGUUAUUUCGAGAGACCGGAAGAGAUGCAAGCAAGGCUGCAGAAGUGGUUGAAAAACGUGGAGAGUCCUUAGAUUCCUACCACCACUUGCAGUGGUUUGGUAUUUUUCUUCUAUCCAAAGAUAUCAAGUCAUUGGAGGCGGCUAAAUUUGAGUCAUAUGAUGAGAAAAAUAAAAAGAAUAUAGCAGUGGAGUCUGAUAGCAAUAAUCAAUCAUACACAGAUAAUUUAAAUGAUCAAAAAGAUGACUUUAUGGGUGAAAAGGCUGAAGACCCUCACGAGUCGAUGGUGGAUGUUGCUGCUCGUAUUCGUAGACUAGCACCGGCAUGUUACUUUGGUACAGCUCUAGAGAUGUGCUUUACAGAUUGCUUUGUACUUGGUCUUGACAGAGUCAAGACUGCCCGGGAAAAAUUGUUUAGAGAAGUUCCCAAUCAGCUAAAACUGAAUAAGGCACUUGAAGUAGCUUGUGCAGUCAAAGGUGCGCUGCGCAUUGUUUCUGCUGGUGAUUCGGCGUUCCGUGAGUUAAUUAAGUUUGAACCUUUACUAUAUACGGACUGGCGGCGAAUAGCUCCUGCAAGCGGUCACAAGACGGUCGCGCCCGUAGUGGCGGCGACGCCGGAGUCCCCAGGUGUAAUGUAA